AAACAACAUGGCGGAAGACAAGUACCUGCUAGUUGGUUUACGCUUAAUUGAACGUUAAUUGAAUAUUUUGGGUUGUUUUAUCACAACAUUUUGGGAAUUUAAAAGAGAAUUAUCGUAUAAAAGUUACAUAAUAGGGUGGUGGCAAGAAAAUUUCAUUGGAACACCAAAGUGGGAGACAUUAACUUUUCAAUAAUUUCAUUCGGAGAUCAGAUUGAAAUUCCAGUGAACGUGGAUUGAUUUUGAAACAGGAAAUAAAUAAAGAUACAUAUACCUUUAACAUAUCCAGAAGAUCUACAAUUGAAAACGAAAUCCAUUAUAAUCAACAGCAAGCAGCAAUAACAAAGCACUGUGUUCAAUGAUUAUUGGAAUACUGUUAUUUGCUAUCACUUACUUGCAUGCAAUCCACAAACUAAUCAUGAUUUGCGAGUCAGUUCUAUCAUGAACACCAGUGGAGACUAGUAUGAGGAUAUUUGAAAGCUCUCGUGAACAUUGAGUGUUAGAAUGUCUGGGAAUCUAAAGCACAGUACGUCCAUGUCAUCAUUAGCUUCCAUGGACAAGGGGAACUCAAAUGAAGAUAUAACACUGUCUUCCCUUCACUCCCAGUUCUCUAGAAAGCCCUCAGCUAACAUGGUACUUGGGACCAAUGGGCUGUCUUCAGCUAACAGUGUUGAUGACAAGGCUCGUAAUCGCCGACCAGUCGGUGACAAGAUUGACCUGACAAGGACCAAGUCAGACCAAGAACGGCCCGAAGAAGAUGACCGACGGUCCAGAGGUCAGGCCAAGGCCAAACGGAAACGGAAGCGUAACAUGAUUACUGCCAAUCUGACUGGUACCAGAUAUGAAGUCAUCCGUCAGAUGGUGGAACAUGUCGGGUUCAGCAUAUCAAGAGAUGAUGACCCAGCAGCAUUUCUGAUCUGGAAUGACACGUUUGUGUCCUCUGAGCGGAUAUCCGACCUGAAGCCCUACCAGCGCAUCAACCACUUCGCAGGCAUGGGUGAGGUCACCAGGAAAGACAGCCUUGCAAGGAACAUGAUGAAAAUGGCGAAGGCGUCCCCAGAUGAGUACAACUUUUGCCCUCGUACCUGGAUCCUGCCAGCAGACUUCAACGCCAUACAGAACUACAUGAAGGACCUGAAGGCACACAAGAAAAACAAGACCUUCAUCAUCAAGCCGUCCAAUGGAGCUCAGGGGCAUGGAAUCUCUUUGUGUCGUAACAUCGACAAAAUCCCAACAACAGAGAAUUUCAUAGUCCAAGAGUACAUGGACAAGCCAUUAUUGCUGGAUGGUUACAAGUUUGAUCUUCGUAUCUAUGUGCUUGUAUCAUCAUGUGACCCCCUGCGGUUGUUCUUGUUUAAUGAUGGACUUGUACGAAUGAGUACAGAGAAAUACCUGCCACCUGCUGAAAAUAACAUUAGUCAUCUUUAUAUGCAUUUAACCAACUAUUCUGUAAAUAAACACAAUGAAUUCUACGAGAAAGGAACCUCGAUGGAUUCCGGUAGCAAGCGAUCCAUAAAAUCACUCAAUGAACACCUGCGCAGGAACGACUACGAUGUCUCGUUGCUAUGGAGAAACAUUAGUGACAUGAUCGUAAAGACGAUGAUCGUGUCAGAGCCACAUAUCUUGCAUGCGUACAGGAUGUGCAGGCCUGGUGCCUCCCCUUGUAGUGACUCGGUGUGUUUUGAGGUGCUUGGUUUUGACGUUAUGAUUGACAGGAAAAUGAGACCAUGGCUUCUUGAGAUAAAUCGAUCCCCCAGUUUUGGAACUGAUGAAAAGAUUGACUUUGACAUAAAGUCAGCCUUAAUUGAGGAUACACUUAGAUUACUUAAUAUCAAAAUGAGUGACAAGAAGAAGAACAUGAAUGCUCAGAAAAUGGAGGCCCAGAAGCGACUGUUCCGUCCGACCAAACGUGCGGGUGAGGACGUCAACAUGUCAGAGUAUGAGAGACAACGGGCGAGCAUUGAGCGGCGCAAAGACGAACUGAAAGAACUUCUACAGAGAGUGAAGAAGGCAGGUGUAAGAGAGGAAUACGAGAACCGGAAUAGGGGGCGCUUCAUCCGCAUCUUCCCAACGGAUGACAAGGCGCGCCAGGAACGCUACAUUCACCUCCUGGAGACUGCCUUCACGACCUUCAUGGCUGGAAGGGCGCCCUCUAUGCAUAAAGAGAUACAGCUUUCGUAUAAUAACAAAUUGAAGGAGUCUGACAUUCUGGACAUGAUAGCUGAAUGUGAGGUAGACGAACAACAGGGUCGCAUGGCCUUGAUAGACGGCAAGAGAGGACCGGCAAGGGGGCCCAAGCCCCUUGUGAGCAUGCCAUCUUCAGAUGUUGUGCCCAGUACGGACAAGGAAGAUGAAGACAUGGAGGAAAUGAGUGAAUCCAUCAGUCCACCGGGUUCCCCCUACAGAAACGCAAUAGUUAACAGGUCUAGACCAGGAUCAGUCAACAGUCGAGUUAGCAACCGUACAGGCAGUGUGUUGUCAAGGCCAAACUCUGGGGUCAACCAAGGUCAAGGUCAACUUGGAAGGCCUGUUAGCGGAACGGCUGGACCUGGAUCAAGGUCGCGUCAGGCUGGAGGUCAAAAGUUCACACACAUUCACAAGUCAAAUGUGGAUGAUUCAUUUCUAACCAACAUCAUCAGAGAACGGGAGGAUGAACUGACAAAGCGCACCCUGCAGGCCUUGAAUGACAUGAGGAUAAAAUUUCCCGGAAAAUCAGACCAAGAAGCCGACAUAAUCCUGGAUAAGUUAUAUGAGAACUGGAAGUUUCACAAACCCAGGAUCGCCUCUUACUGGCUUGUGAAACUGGACUCCAUCAAGAGGAGAAAGGUGAUAGACAUAGUUCGGUCAAAUGUGCGUGCGGUCCUACAGCGUACCUGGCGUGUACCGGAUGUGGAUAACCUGCCAAUCUAUCGUGUGUUCAGCCGAGUGUUCAACCGUCUGCUCUGGAGUCAUGGCCAGGGAUUGUGGAACUGCUUUGCCACUUCAGGAAACUCUGCCAGCUGGGAGACGAUAUUCAGCAAGAGUACCGACGCUAUUGAUGAGAAUGAGCUCAACUGCUGCCGUCGUAUCGUACAGCUGUGUAAGGACUGCCUGCUGAUCGUCUACCAGUUUGCUGCCGAGGCCAAGACUGCCUCACAGGGCGGGACAGAGAGAGACAUAGAUCCACCACCUACUCAGAGAAGUGACAGUAAGCUGUCGCUGGUACCUCCAAACACUCAGACAAUGAGCCAACGAUACAGCAAGCUUUACGCACGCACCGAGGCCCUGUCCUGAUGGCAGCAGGUGUCACCGAAACCUACGUGCAAUCAUAUGUGAACAAUGCGCUGCAAAAAUAGCCAACACCUCUAGGCUUAAUUUUUAUUCUUGCUUUGACUUUUGUUGCUCUAUUUUGUUUACAGUUUUGAAAGGUUGUGGCAUGUGAAAUAGUGAAUAUCUCUAGGCAAAAUUCAUGUUCCACUUUACUUAGUUUUGCUGUAGUUUGUUCACAAUUUGUGAGGAUAUGGCAGAUAUAAUGGUAAAUAUUUGUAGGCCAAUUUAUUUAGAGAGUGCUUUGACCUCAAAGGUCAAGGUGACAAUGGCAUUUAACAGAAAAUUUGAUUCCACACAAUAAAUUGUGAACCCUUUGACGUAGAAUCAUGCAAAUUAGGGAAGUGGUUACUUGUGUAUAUAGUAAGAUGCCUAUUUUAAUUGAGGUCAUUCAGUCAAAGGUCAAGGGGCUUGAUCCAUGAAGUUGGUUUCCGCUCACUAUCUAGGUGAGGCUUAGGAUCACAUAAAUUAGUAUGCUGGUAAGUUUUGGCAAAGCAUGACCCCUAAUGAUUCAAAAGAAGGGACCCAAGGUAAAUAUCACAGGAAAUACUUUGCUGCAAGUUUUGUGGCAUAAAUGAUUGAGCAAACACCUCUUGUUGAUAUUUUAUUGAUGUGAAGGUGAUUUAUACCUUGAAUAAAAUGAAUAAGAAGAAUAAGACUUAUUGCUAAGUAUUUAUACAGAUUAAUAGAUC